AGUGCCCUGCAGAUGGGCUGUGGAGGGCUGGGCUGGGACAGGGACUGCUGCGUUCCCUCACAGCUCCCCUGCCAUUUCUCUUGUCCCUGCAGGCUCCAGUUCAACUUCUGCCUUCCAGCCGUGAUCAUUUCAGCUGCAGGAGAGCAGCAGAUGGCCACAGCACAUGCAUCUCAGGAGCCCGUGAGCUUUGUGGAGGUGGCCGUGUAUUUCAGCAGGGAGGAGUGGGCGCUGCUGGACCCUGCGCAGCGAGCGCUGUACCGGGACGUGAUGCUGGAGACAUACCAGUGCGUGGCCUCGCUGGCUCCACAUCCAGUCCCCAAAUGCCUGCUGAUCUCCCUGUGUGAAGGAGGGGAUGAUCCCUGGAUCCCGGAUGUGCGUAGCCCUGAGACUGUGCCAACAGACCUCAGCCCAGGAGCUGUGAUCACAGAUUUUAAGGAGGGUCUGCCCAAAACUAGUGUAGCCAAAAGGCAGUAUAGUAGUGCAUCUGUAAGGAAAGCAAGAAAGCAUGCCCAGAGUGGCCUGGAGCAAGGAGAUCACUUCAAGAAGCCACUGAGAAAGCAUUCUGGAAGGAGAGCAAGGAACCAUCUCAGCUUCAGCACAAGUCAGAAGGAGCCUGAAGACCCCAGGUGUAAGCAAGUGUGCCAGAAGAAAAAGCAGAAGUAUUGCACUGAAUCUGGGAAAAGCUUUAAAAGUUGUUCUGAGUUUGUUAACCACCAGUGUGUCAACUCAGAAAAACAACUGUAUAAGUGCUCUGAUUGUGGAAAGAGCUUCAAAUGGAGAGCCAACCUUACGCGCCACAAGAGCAUCCACAUGGAAGAGAGACCCUAUAAGUGUCUUGAGUGUGGAAAGAGUUUCAGAAUCAGUUCUGACCUCAUUCUUCACCAGCGCAUUCACACAGGAGAGAGACCCUUUAAGUGUCUUGACUGUGGAAAGAGGUUCAAAAGAAGUUCCCACCUUAUCCACCACCAGCGCAUCCACAAAGGAGAGAGACCCUUUAGGUGCUCUGAGUGUGGGAAGAGCUUCAAACACCGUUCAAACCUCACAGUACACCAGCGCAUCCACACUGGAGAGAAACCCUUUAAGUGUUCAGAGUGUUUGAAGAGCUUCAAAAGCAGUUCCCACCUCAUCCAACACCAGCACGUCCACACAGGAGAGAGACCCUACAAGUGCCCUGAAUGUGGCAAGAGCUUCAAAAAGACUUCCCAUGUCAUUCUCCACCAGCGCAUCCACACAGAGGAGAGACCCUUCAAGUGCUCUGAGUGUGGGAAGGGCUUUAGAAGCAGUUCAAAUCUCAAAUCCCAUAAGCAUGUGCACAGAGGAAACAGAAAGUAGAAGUGUUUAAGAACAGAAAGUAGAAGGUUUAAACCAGCAGGCCGCUCAGCAGUCGUUUUCUCACUCUUCUCUUUCCCUUUGGGAUGGAGGAGAGAACAAAAGAAAAACCCAUGAAGUAGAACUUACAGGUUUAGAUGAAGUUUUCACUUAGAUAAAGGAUAAAUGUUAUGACAGUGUGCAUAUGUAUCUGAACUGUGUAACAACUAACAUGCUGGGAACUGCUCUGGUUUCUGCCAGAGGCUCCAAGUGGAGCCGUUCUCCCCAGCUGCUGUGUGGAGUGAAUUUCUUACAUCUUGUCCUGUCUGCACUGGCCCAAGGGCUACUGCAUGAGCUAUCGCCUGUUUAAUUUGUUCAAAGUCUGCUGCUGCUCAUUGCCCCGCGUGAAAUCGUUCUUCUUCCAGGUCCCAAGAUAGAGAGGGUUUGCAGUCAGACUGUAAUCCAGAAAAUGCAUUCUUUGGAAUCCCACAGCAGCUAAGAACGCUUGUGUUUCCUUUUUGCUGGUUGGAGGAGGCAGAGCAGUUCUUGUACUUGUUCAACAAGUAUCCAAGGUGGCCUUGCAAAACCAACUGGUGCUCGACAUAUUGCUGUCAAAAGAACACAGGGUGCGAGGGCUGUUGAACUUGAACUGAAGGAGAAUGCUGUAUCACCAUCUGCCGUGCCACCACUGGCGUAAGUGAGGCCCAUCAAAACACAAAGGAAAUCACCAGAAGGACUGGAGAGCUUUUUCAGGCGAUGCAGCCAGAAGACUGCUUUGAUGGACUGAUCCAUGGCCGUGGAUCACAUCACUGCUGAAAUCACUGGGAUGCAGGGGGUGGGGGAAAUGUCUUGUGAAGAUCAAUCUUACGAUGUGGUGUGGGUUUUUUGUUUGUAAUGGUAGGCCUUCUCACCUCUCUUCCUCUUCACCUGCUAACCACUCUGUACAGAUCACCAUUAUUGAAGGAGACCUCAGAAUGUUUGAGCCAUGGGGUGGUGUUUGGGGUGAGAUGUUAGAGUCUGUUAGUGUGAGCCGGAACAAUGCCCUGAGAGACAAUUAAGUAGCAGGGAAGAGCCAAGUGUCCCUUCCCUUAAUUGGACUGAUGUGUCAGCCACUCUUGGAAGAGUUCAGAACAACAGUCCUGAAACGGUCGAGUUUCAGGAGGGGGCCUGGUGUGACUUCCGUAGUUUUGGAUGUAGUCCAGUGUCUAGGACCGGAGGCAGCUCCAAUUCCAAACAGGGGCAGAUGGGAUCUGUCUUUUUCCUUUGGUAUUAUAACUAGGUGCUGGGGGGGAGGUCAGGUUUGCCCUACCUCUGCUGCUGGCCCUGCUUCUAGAUGCUGCUGCUUCCAUUCUUUACCAUGUGGAGCAUCUCUGUCAGCACGCUUGGUGCUGGAUCCAGGACUGAUGAUGUGCCUAGCCCUUCUAAUUUCUCUUCUUCCUUUUCAUUAUUUUUUUUCUCCUCUUAUUGUUUUUACUACCUCAAGGCAUACUUGAAGUUCCUGUAAAGAACACAGCUUAGACAGAUACAAGUGUGAGAGGGUGGAAACGUAGGAUAAAUGUUUUGUAGAAAUCUGCUAAUAAAGUUGAUGUUGUUUUCCA